AGAAAUUACCGUAAAAUAAUCGCAAUCACAACAAACAUGGUGGCUGACAUGGAGGUUGAGCAGGCAAAGGAGCGUUUAUUGGAGCUAAUAAAAGCGAAAGACAAGCUAGAGUCCGAUAUUCAAGGCUACAAAGAGAUCCUCGACUGCAACCAUGUAGGUAUGAACGACCCUUUGGUAGACUCUGAUGGUUUUCCUCGUGACGACGUAGACGUCUACCAAGUCAGGCAUGCUCGCCAUAAGAUAAUAUGUCUCCAAAACGAUCACAAGGCGUUGAUGAGGCAAAUCGAGGCUGGACUACAUCAGGUUCACUCGAUAUCCGGCAGUCAGAGUCAGCCUUCCGAAACCAGCGUAAACAAUGCUGAGGAGAAUACGCUUUCAGAACCAUUCUUGAAAGUGAAUUUGGUCUCUUCCGCUUCUCCGGCUGAACUUUCUGGUAUAGAAGUGGGAGAUUUGAUCAUGGAGUUUGGAUCCAUAGACUCCCGUAACUUCAGAUCAUUAAAGGAUGUGGGGGAUCUCGUUGAAAGUAGCAAAUAUAAGCCGAUAUUUGUGAAAAUAAAGCGUGGAUUGAACACGGCGGUUCUUACACUGGUUCCCAAACCUUGGAGUGGAAAAGGAUUGCUCGGUUGCAACGUGAUACCCGUUGAAUCGGUCGAAAGAUAAAUAAGAAGAUAAUGUGUGUCACAAGAUGACUCAAUGUUAUUUGGAUUGGUGGAAUUAAAUUGAGAAUUUGUUUCGUAUCCCACUGUAUCACGUUUAAGUUGAGAGACAUAGAAUUUUAUCUCACUUUA